AUGGCAGAUGACAGGAUAGAAUCAACGGCGCUCUGUUCUACGCAUCCACACGCUUACCUUGCUGAUGUUACUCAGAGAACGCGUUUAUCAAGGGGCUCAUUGUCAACAGAAAGAGAUGCUCAUGUUUGGCUUGGAGCUACAGAUGAAAUAACCGAAGGGGAGUUCGUCUGGAAUGUCAGUAAUCAAAAGGUCAACUACACAGACUGGGGUCCUGGAGAGCCCAACAGCAAUGCACUCAACAUCCGAGAGGACUGCCUGAUCUACUGGGCUCACUACAGCUGGAAAUGGGCUGACUUGGACUGCCACCAGAAAUGCUAUUUUGUGUGUGAAAUGCCGUACAGAAAGAUAUGCCAACCACAGAGAUGGCAGUUCAGUACCAAGUCGGCAAAGCUGUUCGUAACCUGUGCUUUCAUCGUUUCGAGUAUUAUGUCCGCACGGGUGUUUAUAAUAAGUGACAUUGUAAGCGUGAAUAUAUCGUGGAAUUACGGCAAUAUGUCGUACAUCGUAGGGAAGUAUUGUACUAGUUCAGUUGAGGAUAACCAGCAACAUGUCGUUUUGAUAUCACAUUUGAUCGAUGGUGUUACGUUUAUUGUAAUACUGGCGACCUUCUUAUUUAUGUAUGGAAAGAUACUAAAAGUGUUGCGGCACCAUAGAAGUCAAACAAAGGUUAUUCGAUCAGCGAGACGUAAUCCAGGCCCAAGUGUGUAUUUCAAAGCCGACAACGACGAACCCAACGUGACUGUUCUGGAUCUUGAUACAUUAUCAUUCGAGGGGAACAUAACACAAAAGAUCAGGUCAAAUGUUCUGAAAACAUCCCAAAGCAUUACUAUACGUUGGGAUAGAAGCAUUGAAAUAUCGUCAAACUCAAGUUCGCCCCGCCUCCGACGAGUGAGGCCAAACAAACCUGAGGACAACCUGUUAGCCAAACAUUCUAACAAAGAUAUAGGGGAUUUUGAACAGGGUAGCCUCUACAGAAAGGCAAUAUCUGAGCGACGAUUUGAUAGAAAAAUUGCAAUAAUGCUUUUAGCCGUUACGGUUGGUUUUGUCGUAUGUUUUACUCCAUAUUUUGCCGCCACUUUUACAUUGCGUAGUGAAUCACGAGACUAUGACCUUGAACUCUCUCCUGCAAUACAAGUUGCCCUGCGCAUGCCCUUUAUGAAUAGCGUUAUUAAUCCUAUCAUAUUUUAUGCAUGCGAUACAAAGUUUAGGUAUUUUGCGAAGUAUUGUUGCAAAAAAUAAAACAGGUUUUCAUGAAAAUGAAUGAGUGCGGUAAUUAUACUAUCUGAAGUAAAUUCUGACAAUGAGAGAUCUUUUAGAAAACCCUGAAUGCAUAUACUAAA